GGGUGCUGCCGGCGGAGCUGCGGCGGCUCAGGUUGAUUCAGAGUGGGCGACGGCGGUCUGGCGCAGGCCCGCGGCGGAGGAAAAGCGGCUUAUCUCCCCUCCGGGUUGCCAUGGAGAUGGGCGGGCGGCGGCGGCGGCGGGGCUGUCAGUGAGGGAUCGCACCGGGUACCGGGGCGGUGGCGGAGGAGAGGCCGCCGCGGCGGCAGCGGCAGCGGCAGAGAUGGACUCGCACUGCGACUGUGCCGAGCCUCCGACCGCCGAGCAGCCGUCGGGGAGGAUUAACAAAACCGCCUUCAAACUGUUCAAGAGGAGGAAAUCCGGGGGCACCAUGCCGAGCAUCUUCGGGGUGAGGAGCAAAGGCGGGGAGGGGAAGGGCGCCAGCAAACCGGGGAUGGUUCGGAGCCGGACACACGACGGCUUGGCCGACGCCGUGCUGGAGAGCAGCAAGAAGGAGGAAUCGGGCGGCGGCGACCCGCAGAACAAGGAGGCGCAGGGCCGACCAGCCGGCAGCCUCGGCGUCUCCGCCGGCAGCUCGGUGGCCAAGUCGCACAGCUUCUUCUCCCUGCUGAGGAAGAAUGGCAGGCCAGAGAACGGCAGGGCGGAGAGCGCGGAUCAGCGGGCUGGCGGCAGACAAAAGAAGGGGCUGAAAGGGAUCUUCAGCAGCAUGCGAUGGCAUAAAAAAGACAAAAACGGCAAGGAGGAAAGGGGGGAAAGCUCGGAGAUCCCGUCCGGUCUGAUUAUGCCGGGGUCUCUGACUGCCAGCCUGGAGUGCAUCAAGGAGGAGACGCCGAAGCCUUUGUCUGAAGCGCCGAGCAGCGCUGCCGACGUCGGAUUGGAGCCACCGCGGGAGAAGCGCAGCGGCGAGGCGCACGCCUCGGCCCAGGAGCCCGAAGCGGGAGGUGGGAAGGCGCAGAACGGCAGUCCCCCGCCCGGGGAGGACCUUGCCGCGGCUGGAAGGCGACCCGAGGAGCUCCGCAGCGAGCCACCGGACCUGGGCGCCGGAGAGGUUGGGACUGCGAAGGAUGCAGCCAUAACAGGUGACAUUCCAAUAACGACUAUCCCCCCUGUUGAACCUCACUGUGAUAGCGGUCAAGAGACGGCAGCCGCCCCUGACCCUUCCUCUGUUGAUCCACCCUCAGAGCAAUCGAUUGAUCGUAUUUGUUUGAUGUUUGCUGACGUGACUUCACUGAAAAGCUUUGACUCUCUUACAGGCUGCGGAGAUAUUAUUGCGGACCAUGAGGAGGAUGUGGGCGGCGGGAGUGGCAGCUGUGAGAAGAGCACCCCCGGGGCCAGCAAGCUGGGUGCAUCCAAGAAGCGCCCCACCAUGGUGGCCUACCAGGGAGGAGGGGAGGAGAUGGCCAGCCCGGACCAGGUGGAUGACACCUACCUGCAGGAGUUCUGGGAUAUGCUCUCACAGACAGAAGAGACCCAGACAGAAGGAGUAGGAGUAGGAGAAGGGUCAAAGAAGCCCGAGGGGUUGAAAGAGAACCGAGGUACUGAGGGUGCCCAGAACAGGGUGGUGGUGAAAUGUGGAGGCCUCCGCCAGAUCCCUAUUCACCUCAGCCACAAAGAGGAGCAGAAGGGUAGGGAGAAGGAACAGCCUGAAGGUGUCCCAAACAGCGAUGAGGGCUACUGGGAUUCUACCACUCCUGGUCCUGAAGAAGAUGGUUCCACAAGCAUCCAGAAGGAGACCAUUCCCAGAGACAGCUACAGUGGGGAUGCUCUCUAUGACCUCUAUGCUGAGCCAGAUGAGAACCCACCAGCGGGGCCUACAGACGGAGAGGUCACCUCUGUGCCCCGAUCCAAGCCUGUGUCUCCGGUUACAACCACGUGCUCACUGAAAACACCUUCAAGCACAGUGAAGGACUCCAAAAUACCUAUCAGCAUUAAACACCUUUCGUCACAUCCUGCCAGCCACGGAGCAGAUGCAAGUAACAGCCAUCACGUCGCACACCAUCACCUGGCCAAAAGCGAGAUGCACAGAACAAAAAUCCCGGUCUCCAAAGUACUGGUACGCCGGGUCAGUAACAGAGGCUUAGCAGGCACAACAGUGAAAGCUGCCACAUACCAGGACAGUGCCAAAAAGUAGUUAAAUAAGAGAUGCAGACAAAUACGGACAGUGAGCUUGGUGUGUGGAAGUUUGCAUAGAAGACCACAGAUAAUGAAUUAAUUUUGCAUCACCUGGGGAAAGGCACCUAAAAGGCUUACUUUACUGUACUCCAUAGGCCUGCACUUCUGAAUCACUUCUUAUUAGACUGUGUGAAUAUAAAAAGUCAACUUCUUUUCAAGCACUUUUUUUUUUUACAUUUGUAUCUUUUUUCUGCAGCACUAAACACUGGGGAGGUUCAUUUUUACAUGCCUUUUUGGACUUGGAUUAUGAACCUUAAUGAGCAUCUUUCCUCAUGCGAAGCAGUGCCAUGAGUUCUUCAAGGGAACAGAGUUACAAAAGAAGCAACACAAGAGGUUCUCCGGUACACUUCUCGUCAUUUGUGAGGGACGAGUGGAGGGUGGGUGCCUGGAUCCAAAAGUUAUAUUUCGUUUGCAAGAUGUUGGAAAAAAUGCCAAGUGAAAAACCAACCAACCUAACAGGUAUUUUACCUGCUGUGGGAACGAGAGCACUCCCAGCAGCAGACUUGAUUGACUUCCAUGCAGGAGCUAACUAAGGAGUUAAGUGGACUUGUCUAACAGGAAAAAAUAUUUUUGUUUGCCUGUCUGUCUGGUUGGUUUUGAUCUGGUCUAAUGUAAAUGAGUAACAGACACACUUGACGUAGGUUCAGAUGUUUACAUCAAUACUUGUCCAAUAAUACACACGAUCAAGUUCAGGGAAACAUUUUACUAAAUGCCAAUAUAUACACACCGCUCACAUUUAUACAAAUAACUUGGUCACCAUGUGUAAAUAUAUACAUAUUUUAGCAGAUUUACUCAAUGUCACAGAUCUUUUUAUUAAAAAAAUAAUAAUAAUUAAAAAAAAACCCAACAGAACACCCCUCUGUAUUAUCUAUAGUUUAAGCCAGAGUUAGUUUUUAUAGGUAGAUAAUUUUACAGUUCUAAAUUGACAGGACUUUGUGUAUGUACCUUAAAUUAGAGCAAAACUCCAUUUUGUAUGGGCUCAUGCAUCCCCAAAAAAGUAAAUAUGAAGUGCUGAUUUUAUUCCAGUGGCACAUUCCAUGAGUCAGAGACGAGGUUCUGACAGCACUGCCACUGCAAACCUCUAUUUUCAGGGGUUUAGACAAAGUUGCUCUGGGCUUAAACCUUACAGAGAAGGAACCCAGGAAAGAAACAGGUUUUUUAAUUGUUAUUUUUUAAAAUAUAUAAAAUUAGUUUUUGACUAUUUAAAGAAAGUUUGGGUUCUUGUUGCUCUUUAUUUUCAUUCUUAAUAAUGUCAGAAUAAUUUAAGAGAGAAGAAUAAUUAUGGUAAGCUAGCGGUACAUAAAAUGGUCUUAAUAAGCUUGGAUCUUAUAAGAAAUGUUUUAAUGGCCAGGACAUUUUUGAGUAGUGUCUACUGUACAUGGACAUUGACAACAUUUCAACGAAAGCUAAUAGAGUUUUAAUGUGCCUGAGGACAUAUUUUUGUGGUACACCGAAAAAGCUCCAAAAAUUGCUGAAGGUAAAGGUUAUGUAUUUACAAAAUAUUUUGAUACAAAAAUUUAAUCGUCAGACCACAGUUAAUAUAAAAUAUAUGCUCCAGUCUAUCUAAAAAAAUAAUAUACAUUUUAAAAAUAUACAUGUCUAUAUUAUGCAGAGAAUCCUAAAUUCACAUCACUGAAGCUAAUGGGUCUGAUCUUACAUAGCAGUUGGUUUUAUUGUCUCUUAAAGAAAAAAAAAAAAGGAAGUAAAUAUACAGAAUAUACAUUUGAAGGAUAUUAAGGUUAUAGGUAAACCAUAAAAAGCCAGGAAAUACUGUAAUAGGAAUUGUAUAUAUGUAUAUGCGUGGUUCACUGGAGAAAUGACCUUGUAGUCACAAGGGUAAAAUUGGCAUCUCGUUCUGAAAUUACUGCAGGAUUUAAUGCCCAGCUGUGACACCCCAGUGAACAGGGAGAAGGUGUUAGUUUUCCUGAUCAGUCCCCACGUUCAUGGUUUGAGUAAGAACCUUAAUAGACUUCAAACAUUAUAUGUGUUCUUUCCAAUGUGUAUGUGUGUGGUUUUCUACAUACCGGCUCACACAGACGUGUUGUACAUAUGCAUGUGUAGUCAGAACGCACCUCCUCCCGGGGUCCACGUGCCUGAGCGGAGGCACGCACCCGUGCAGUCACACUCAUGUGAACACAGCCAUGCAUGCACGCUCCCAUGCGCAGGGUGAGGGGAUGUGCUCUAGAUCUGUCUCCAAACAUGCCGGCAGUGAUUUCCUUUGCUCGAGAAAGGGAUUAGCAUUUGGCCUGACUCCGCAUGUGCAUUUUACAAAUGCUGAAAUAACCCGCAAAAGGAUGAAUGUACAGAACAUGGAAAUUAUCUUGGUCUUCAGCCCUAAACCUAACAUUCACGUUUCUGUUUGUUUGGUUUUGUUUCACUGUAAGGGAUGCAUCUUUCCUUGCAUGACAGCUCUUCAGAAAAAUCAUAAUUCCCCAUUUUAUUCUAAGGCCAAGUUGUGCAGAGAGAUUCUAUAGGGUACUGGAAGUUGAGAGGGAAGGGGGGAUGUGGUGAACUUGAGGUAGUACCAUAAAAACUGAAAGCACAGAGUACAGGUAGUAGGAGUGGUAUAUCUUUAAAACUACUGGAAGAAAUCAUCUACCAUCUCUACAGGAGUUGUGUGUGGCAAAUUACUUAUCAUAGGCAUUUCAUUUGCAUUGCGGCAUGUCUUUAUUGAGGAACCAGUAAAGUGACACUAGCCUAGCUCCCUCUCACGUAAUGACUUAACACGAAUCAUUAAAAUGCUUUGGCUUCCCUUCAUUUUUCUCUCUCCUUUGUUUUCUGCCCUGUUCUUUCUCAGUCCUCUGCAUGUUGGUGGGUGGCUUGUUCCCAGUGCUAAGCCCUCAGCGCGGUGUGGAGCAGAGCAGGGAGCCCUGAGCUGGCAGCGGAGUGCAGGGUGGGAGGGUGGCGGCACUGCCUGCUGAGGCCAGGUGGCCCCAGUCGCUCACUCAAGCUUUCUGUCGCAUACUCAGUCUAAGUACAUUUUGCAAACCUCUUGGUGGUUCGUUUGGCUGCUUGCUAUGUACAUAUUUUAAGGACAAUCAUAUCCUUAAAAGGAAAAUGGGAAAGUAGCUUGUAGCAAGGUGUCAGUAUUCUGAAUCGUUGCAAAAUACUGACGGUUAUUCAGGGUAAUGGUUAUAUGAGAGCAAAAACACAAUUUAAUGCUCAAAUUAACUUUGUAUUUAUAAAACUCAGUUUUGUCUUUAAGCCAUUUAUGUUUUUUAUUUUGAAACCUAAUAGAAAAAAAUAUUUACUAGGGUUUUCACUUUUCAUAGAAAUAUAUUUGUAUAACUCCACACAAUGCCUAAAACAAUCAUUGGAAGGUGGUUCAAAGACUUUCCUUAGAUCUGUAUUUGACUCCUGAAAGGUCCUUGCAAAAUGCUGUGAGAUGCCUAAGAAUGUUUAAUGGCUUGCUGGGUUUAAAGGCUGAGACUUAAAGAGGUAACAGUCCUGAGGCGUUCUGUGAUGGUUUGCAUUCUGAUUUGUGUUACCCUGUCAAGCAUAUAUUUUCCUUGGCUUUGGUAGGUAUCAAUGUAGAAAUGGUGUUCUGAGUCCCAAAGAUAACAUCCCCAAUGCUGUUGUUGUUUUGAUUUUCUUAAAGAAUACGUUUCUUUCUUUGUUCUAUUUGUUAUUUUGUGGUCUGAAUGAUGCUUUGUAAUUAUCAGCUUGUAUGCCAUUCAUAAAAGAUUUUAUAGGUCAGGACUUGGCAUUUAAUUAUAUGUACUCUUUGCACUUUCGGGUCACUACUGGUAAAUUUCGUAUGUUCUUAAGGUAUUUCUGUGUAUUGCGUUGUGUUUUAUAACUAUCUACAGUGAUUUCGGUAGUAUACAUUCCUGUCCUGUGUAUUAGCACAAAAGAUUUCCUUUCAGUAGCAUGAAAUGAUGUUUUUGUGGACUUCUUUUGUCAUGAUAGGAGUUAAGUUUCAUGUGCUGUAUAUGUGGCCUGCAACAGACAUAAAGGGUCUUAUUUUCCCUGUACUGUGUAUGCAUUUUGCUCUUGCCAGUACUAGGACUCAAACACAAGGUAGUAGAUUUCAGAAGAAAUUCCCUGACUAGAGUAAGAAAAAUGUAUAUUCACUCUUAUUCCAUCAAUCACCAGCAUUUUCUUUAUCCACUGUGAAUAUCCUCACCCCCAUUCAGGGCAGUAGGGGACUGAAUUAUAAAACUCACAUGCAGAGAUGUAUGCUACAAAAACUAAUUCACUGAUUAUUUUUUAAUGAAUCUCACUAAAUUAUUUAUCUAAGCUAAGUGAAUAUUGCACCAACGUCUUCAAAACGUCUGAUACAGAUGCCGUUUUCAGUAAGAUGCUGUUAAGUGCAGAUGAGCCAAAUUAACAGGCUUGCUCAGCAAAGCAAAAUCUUGUUGUUUCUUACAUUUGUAGUACUGACUUGAGCUUGCAGAUCAAAGGGAGCCAUUGAUUCUGCAACGUGGUCAUGCUCUGAGGUUGUUUUUUACCCUGUUCUAAUGGACUACUUUCAGAAAAGACUUCUCAGCAAGAAUAAUAGUAUAAAAGAGGCAGUUCACAGUAACAAUAGCCACUUACCAGGCAGAUUGUUAUCUAACAGCCACAAUGAGGGGCUCUAAGCAAGGUGGCCUUGAAAAUGUAUUUUCAUUGCUAUUGAUAGGAAAGGCUGAGGCUUCUGUCUUGAAAAAACAAAUUGGCACCGACAAAGAUGCUGCAGAAGUGAGUCUUGGAAAAGUUUGAGUUACUGCACGUUUGCUUUUUUAUUAUUUGACUUUCAGUUUUCUUUGCUUUUGUUUUCGUUAUGAUGAUACAACCCCAUGUGUCCAAGCAGAAUUGCAUAACGACUGACUCUUCUGAGAUUCAAUGCUGAGAAUACACUGUUGUCUCCAGUGGCCUGGGACUGAUUCCCACUGAACAUCCCUCCCUUCCAUGGGAUGAUGGGAUUCCCUUGUCAUGAGUCCAUGUGGUGUUUACUGUGAGCAGGAGACAUCUGGAUCUGUCUUGCCAUUUGUGUUUAGCCUCCAGCUUGUUUUUAAUUUGACUCACAGCAAUUUUUUAGCUCAUCAUUAGCUUAGAUUUUGUUUUCCUUGCAAGCAUCUUGACUAGGAAAGGCUAGCACAAAUUUGGUGAUUUUCUAGGUUCAUUUUGUGUAGACAGAAAUGGAGAAGCUUGUUAUAUAUAAAGGAACAUGAGCUAUAAUCACUCGAGUCAUGCCCUGGGGGGCUUCAUUCCUGCAAAAGCAGUUUGUUAAAGCCUUUCUUGCCUUAGAGGGCUUCUCUAUCCAAAACAGUGGCCUGGGACUCCCUUUGUUCCCCUCUAUGUCUCUCCUUCCCUCUCAGCCAUAUUGCAGCGGCUUGGGAAACAGAUUCUGGAUCUAGCUUUCCACAGCAUUAGAAAAGAGGAGCUGCUGCCAGUGUUUUCUUCAGAAGGUCUUUAGUCCUUCUUCGUGGUCUUGAAAAAAAAAAAUUCACCUUCAGAACAAGUGACAAAGAUAAUUAAAAUAGAGAUCUCUGCUGUGUGAUCUCACACAUGUGGGCGAGGAUGUAGAGUGAAAUUUGCAUAGAGUGGAAUAUAUCCCUCCUCGCUCCUGUUGUGGACAGUUUUGGAAAUCUAUCAGGGAAGCAUGCCACUCUUGUAGGAAAGCCCAGAAGCUGUUACGGAGACUGUGUCCAGAUAUUACUAAUCCUUGGUAAGAACUACUUUUGGUUUUCCCUUCUGUACAUAUUUAAAUAAAUAGAACCAAAGUUGUAGUGGAGAGAGGAAAAGGUCAGGGACUUCAAAGGGUGAAGAUUUAAAUUGCUAAACUGAAAGGUUUCUAGGAGCAAUGACUAAAAGAGGAAGAUUGCUUUGCCUACUUUAACAUCACAUCCAAGCAGUGCUCUCCAAUAGAAACCAAUUUAGCUAUGGCCAUGAAGUUGGAAAAUUUGCAUUUGCCAAUACAAGAAUCUCUUUCCAAGGUCCAGUUCUGCCAUGGGAAGACACCACUGACUCCGGUACAAACUGCUGAAGGUACUUAGCCUCUUAGUCUUAAGGAAAUAAGAAGUGUUUCUUAAAUAAGUCUUCCUUUUGUUUUAAAAGAUGAACAUGGUUCAAAUGGUUGUGCAGGUUUUUAUAUUACUGUGGUAGUAUUUUUACUGCUCUGAACAGAAAACAUGUCUUUCCAUUGUUUUUCCAUCUUGAGAAGCAGCCAAUCCUGCACAUAACUCUGGUGCUCAGCAUGUUUAAAUUAGAGCUAACACAAUCACUGCCUUCCUUAAUUUAAAUUAUGAUAGCAAAACCAGGACCAGAACACUAAACCCCCUGCUUAUGGUGUCGUUCUUAUUUUUUGAUAUGGUAACUAAUGCUGCCUCCCUGUAAUUAUUACUCAGCCAUGUUUAGAAACCUGUUUUCAGGCAGAUUGACAUGUAGAGACUGAAUGGUGAGAUCUUUAACAGAUUUUUAUUAUUUUGGGUGAUGUUACAUCAAAACAGUUGCUAUUUCAGGAUCAGGUUGUUUCCAUGGGCUUUUUAUGCAGAUGCAUUGGAAGCUUUGAACAUAAUGCGCUCAUAAAAGAAAAUUGGCUACAUCUGCUUUGAAUUAUGCCUGACCUUAUAAUGUAAAAGCUACAUAUCUGAUGAAAUGUCUUGGUUCAUGACAGCAAAGGAGUAGGACUACCCCAAUUCACCUGCAGCCCAUGGACUGGGGAAGCAAGACAGUGUUGCUGAGAAAAUUUGCUGUCUGACCCUACCAGAAGAAGGAGUGUGAGAUGUCACGAUGGUUAGGUGUCUGCUAGGCUGGACUGUAGCAGGAAAAGCCAGAGCGGUGUUGUUCUGGGUUGGGAGGGUUGAUAGGGUGGCUGGAAGGUAAGAUGAAAGCAAGGGCUGGACUUUGAGAAGAAAAAAAUUAACCAGAAAGGAAAACAGAGGGAAAAGAGAGUUAAACAUAUGCCUAUAAAAUCCACCUCCUCUUGUUUUUCUUGCAUUGAUGAUUGGAUUGCCAUGUUACACCAUUGGGUCUGGGUGUGCUGGAGCCAGUGCUCCUGCCAGUGAACUGCAGUGCAACUGCUCUCAUCAACGCUUGAGUGGCACCCAGUGCCUUCAUUUCUAAGGGCAAUUUUAGCAUGGAGAUUUCCACAAAUCCCCAGCACCAAUCCAUAGCAUCUCACUGCUCUUCCAUUCUCAUUUUGCCAGAGGAGUGCAAAGACCCAAGCCUUUGGCAGGGUGGUGAGUACUGGCUGUACCUUUGCAGCCCAAGGGCAAGUGGGGAGGGAAGUUAAGACGUGCUAUGAAGGACCACCACCAAGUCCUGGGAAGAAGACAGUAUGUGGCUUGAAAGCAAUAUUAUCCCACUUUUCAAAAGAGGGAGCAAGCUAAAGUUGUCUCCUUUGUGUGAAAUCAGAGUAAAUUGUCUGCCACGGGAUAGAUUAUAACAGCCAGGCAGUAUCUCAGUCCACCAGGCUGAAGUCAGUGGAUCUAUACUAGCAGCGUUGAUUAUUGUUGAGUGAAGAUCCUAUAGUCCAGCUUCAUCUGAAUUUUAUUUGUAGUAUUUGUCAGCAGAAGCUAUCUCAGAGAAGCUCUGGCAUUGAGGCUUGUGGCCCUGCAGUAAUGGGGAUUGAGGUAAGAAUGUGGUUGGUGGACAAUACAGAUUCAAUAAGUCCAGAGAACACAGCAUGGCUUCAGUGUUUUAUUACAGCCCUACUCUGCUCAAUUAUUAUGAGGAAAAUGUAGCAGGACUGCUCCAUACUGCAUCUGGCAGAACAAUGCUCCUGGGGCUUUCUACGUGCUGAAAGGGAUAGAUGUGUCCCAUUAGAAGUCACUUAACCUGUUUCUGUAAGAUGUGUUACAGCUGACAGAUCACUGUUAAUUACAAUUUUCCCUUGUAUUUUUUUGUCAGCCACCUCCAGUAAGGUAGCAUAUGACCUAUUGAAGAUAAUGAGCGAGUAAAGCCAGAACUCCUCGCUCUUCUUAUCUAAAUGAUUUGCUAAUGAUCUGGUGAGUUUGCAUGCACAAGCCUUUUCUUACUGAGCACUCACAGCAUUCUGGGGGUUAUUUUUAUAACAGACUGUUAAGACACACUCUGCUCCUUCCCACCUUUACAAACUUCGAUGAGUACGUGUCUCCUUGGAUCACUGUAUUCUUAGUGUAUUUGCAACCUAACUGAUAGCAAUAGAUGUCUUUCUUCCCAGGCAGUUCACGAGGAUAUACUAAUCAGUGUUCAUUAUAUUUUUAAUUCUGUAAAUAUUUAUUUUGGUACUCUGUGUAUUUAUUGGCACUGAUUCUGCUGUUUGCUUAUGUGUCAUUGUAAAUGUUGGUGGUUUCAGUAGUCUUGCUUCUAAUGAAUGUAAGGAACUCAGACUAACUGCACUUUUCUUCCAUUCAAAAAUCUUUCAGUGAAAAAUAUGCCCACUGUCAUAUUAUGUGUUAUAACGAGUACAGUCAAUAAAAUCAGUUGUCACUUUUCA